AUGGCGAGGCGGCAGCACCUCUCCCUGAUGGUCAUCUUGGCCGUCGUGGCCUUCUUCAGCAUCUCGUACCUCUUCUCCGGCAGCUCCCCCGAUGCCCCGUCCCCCGCCGCCGCGCCCCUGAAGGGCGACACCGUCUCCUCGAGCGGCGACAUGCCCGACCUGGGUCACAUCUCCAACAGCAUCCUCUCCGGCGAGUCCAUCGCGCCCAAGCUGGAGAACGCGACGGCCAAAGCCGAGCUCGGUCGCGCCUCGUGGAAGCUCUUCCACACGAUGAUGGCCCGCUUCCCCGAAAAGCCCACCGCCGACGACUCCCUCGCGCUCAAGACGUACAUCCAGCUCUUUGCGAGGCUAUACCCCUGCGGCGACUGCGCCUCCCACUUCCGCAAGCUGCUGGCCAAGUACCCCCCACAGACAAGCAGUCGCAACGCCGCGGCCGGCUGGGCUUGCUUCGUACAUAACGAGGUCAACACGAGGUUGAAGAAGGAGAUCUUUGACUGCAACAAGAUUGGCGACUUUUACGACUGCGGCUGCGGCGAUGACGAUAAGAAGAAGGCCGAGGGUGGGGAGAAGGCGAGCAUCGAGCUUCAGAAGGAUGGGUUGACCAAGGGCGGUUAA